AUGCUUCUUCUUCCUUCUCCGCCAAUCGUUUCUUUUCCGGCCAAUCCCAGUCUACUGCCGCUCUCACGGCCGUCUUGGCCGCUGCGAAGAGGGAACCCCGCCGUCGUUUCCGCUGCUUCCAGAGAUGUUGAUAGCUUCACGAGUAAAUCCGGCUAUCUGUUCAGCCUCAGUGCCGAUGAGGCCGAUUCCUUGUCGGAGUACAAUUUUUCCAGGAUCGAUGGUAUGUAUAAGAAGAAACCUCUGAUUCUCCUCCGUAGAUUGGCUCAGAUCGGGACUACGUUUGGUUUCUGGCUUGGGCUUCGCUUAGCCGAUGAGGCUCUCGAGCGGUCUGAGCAGAUGUUCAAGGUACGAGCAGCGGAGCUUAGGAGAUUACUGGUGGAACUAGGUCCGGCGUAUGUCAAAAUCGCUCAGGCUGUUUCUUCUCGUCCUGAUUUGAUACCACCUACAUACUUGGAUGAACUCUCCUUGCUUCAAGAUCAAAUAACUCCGUUUUCAACCGAAGUUGCUUUCAAUAUGAUAGAGGAUGAACUUGGCCUUCCUAUAGAUGAGCUUUUCUCUGAGAUUUCUCCAGAGCCUGUAGCUGCAGCGUCCCUUGGACAGGUAUAUCAAGCUAGGCUCCGUAGAAAUGGAGAGGUUGUUGCUGUCAAAGUGCAGAGGCCUGGUGUGCGAGCUGCUAUUGCUUUGGACACACUAAUUCUACGAUAUAUAGCGGGUUUGAUUAAAAAGGCUGGGAGAUUCAACUCAGAUCUCCAGGCAGUUGUUGACGAAUGGGCAACAAGUCUGUUUAAGGAGAUGGAUUACUUGAAAGAAGCACAAAACGGAAUAAAAUUUAGGAAGUUGUAUGGUAGCAUCAAAGAUGUUUUGGUUCCAAAGAUGUACACAGAGUACAGUACCAGCAAAGUUCUUGUCAUGGAGUGGGUGGAGGGUCAGAAGCUUGCUGAAGUUAAUGAUCUUUAUUUAGUUGAGGUUGGUGUUUACUGUUCGUUUAAUCAACUUCUGGAGUAUGGAUUUUACCAUGCUGAUCCCCACCCUGGGAAUUUUCUUCGUACAUACGAUGGCCAACUUGCAUACUUAGAUUUUGGUAUGAUGGGGGACUUUAGGCCAGAAUUACGUGAUGGAUUCAUGGAAGCAUGUCUUCAUCUAGUAAACCGUGACUUCAAAGCGCUGGCUAAAGACUUUGUAACUCUGGGGCUUCUUCCACCAACAGCUGAAAAGAGCGCUGUGACGAAGGCUUUAACAGAUGUUUUUCAAGAUGCAAUUUCCAGAGGUGUUCGCAAUAUAAGCUUUGGUGACCUGCUUGGCGACUUAGGAAAAACCAUGUACGAAUUCAAAUUCAGAAUACCGCCCUAUUUUUCUCUCGUUAUCCGCAGUCUUGCUGUUUUGGAGGGGAUUGCCAUUGGUAUAAGCCCAAACUACAAGGUAUUGGGCAGUACAUACCCUUGGAUCGCCAGAAAAAUUCUAACAGACAGCUCUCCGCAGCUGAAAAGUUCUCUUCAAUCUCUUUUGUAUGAGGAAGGUGUUUUCCGAAUUGACCGUCUUGAGUCUUUGAUUACUGAGUCUCUUAGGACAGAGACGGCAUUAGUUCAGAAACCAGUGGAAGGCACAGACUCUAAGAUCGUCAUGAAGCAAUUACUUGCUUUUACUUUCACGGAACAGGGUUCUUUUGUAAGAGAAAUAUUUCUUCGAGAAUUCGCUAAGGGUCUUGAUGCAUUUGGAUUGGCAACGUUGGACUCUUUGACAUCUACGACUAUGCCAUUUUCUGGUUCAAGGCCAUUCAACUCCUUGACAGAAGAAGACAUGACAAACCUGAGAACCUUCUAUCGACUCAUCUCGUUGUUCUCAGGGAUGCAGCGGGCUGAAACGCAAGUAAAAGCGGUUAGUAAAUAUGGCGAGGCACUAACGCCUCUAGACGAAGCAUCAUCACUCGUUAUGUAUCAGUUUCCAUCAGCUCAAGAGAUGCUCCCGAUCCUCUCCAUCUUACCCGAGCUUCCACAAGAGUCGCAACAGCGAUUGCUUCAAUUGCCAGGUGACCUUGUUGGAAGAUUGGUUUCUAGGGCUUUCGCUAGAACCAUUCGUAGGAUGUUUCUUUGA